GAGGGAUUUUCGAAACCGUGGAAAACGAACCCGUUAACAUUGAAGAAUUGGCUUUCAAGUUUGCUGUCACCAACAUUAACAGRAACAGAACACUGAUGCCUAAUACCACAUUAACCUACGACAUCCAGAGAAUUAACCUCUUUGAUAGUUUUGAAGCCUCCAGGAGAGCCUGUGACCAGCUGGCCCUGGGCGUGGCCGCUCUCUUCGGUCCCGCUCACAGCUCGUCGGUCAGCGCUGUCCAGUCCAUCUGCAACGCCCUGGAGGUGCCRCACAUCCAGACCCGCUGGAAGCACCCCACGGUGGACAACAGGGACGCCUUCUACAUCAACCUGUACCCCGACUACGCCGCCAUCAGCAGGGCCGUGCUCGACCUCGUGCUCUACUAUAACUGGAAAAUCGUCACCGUGGUGUACGAGGACAGCACGGGUCUGAUCCGCCUGCAGGAGCUGAUCAAAGCCCCUUCCAGGUACAACAUCAAAAUCAAGAUCCGGCAGCUGCCCGCGGGGAACAAGGACGCCAGGCCCCUGCUGAAGGAGAUGAAGAAAGGCAAAGAGUUUUAUGUCAUCUUCGACUGCUCACACGAAACAGCAGCUGAGAUCCUCAAACAGGUCUGA